AUGGCUGAUAACGUCUUGUUGGGAAACGUUCUAGCCGGUUUGGAGAGGUUGGGAUAUAGCAAAGAAAGAGCUACAGAAAGAGUGAAAAUAUAUAACAAUGCUACAAAAGGCUCAACUUUAUACCAUAGGAGAAAGUACAAUGAAGACCUUGAGCUUAUCAUCACAGGAAGUCGCAGAGAAGGACUUGCAAGCUUCUGGGUGAGCGACACUGACGAAAUGAUUGUACCGGCUUAUGUAGCUUGUUGUGAGACUGGUAUCAAUCCACGUGGCGAGCACGUGACUAUCGAUUUAGAUUUUGAAGAUGCACCAUCCGGCUAUACAUUUCUUAAGCUUGCUAACGAUGGACUGACUCAAAGACUUCCAAAAAUGAUUAACUGGGAAAUUGUUCAGAAAGGAAAUACUCUGUACCUGAAAAAUACACAGGAAUUUCGUGAUGAGACUAAUAAAGAGGACGAGGAAUCUGUCACAGGCCAUGAAGAUGUUGCUGAUUUAGACACUGGCUGGAUGAGACAUAAUAUAACCCAAAGCGAGAUUACCGGGCCCGCGUUCCCGUUUUCCAUUCCAAUGCCAAUGGGAAAUAGAUUUCUCAACUAUGACCGUGUUUUAGCUCUGAAAUGUUACUGUUCAGGAAUACAUGAAUGGUGUGACAGCAAGCGCAAAUAUGACUGGCCAGGCUUAGAGCUCAUCGAAAAGAUCAAAGGUCUCAAUGCCCAUGUUGUACCAACUGGUGUGAAGGGCAGCAUACAUGAAACGCUGCAGUGGAGAAUAUGCUACACACUUGCAGAAAUUGAACUUGUUAAAUCCUUCAAUGACACACAGAUCAAGGUUUAUGCCGUUUUAAAGAUGCUGGCAAAAGGGGUAUUGGAACCAGCUCUUAAAACGAGAACAUCAGAAAAGGGCGACAACGUGCAUGUUCCCGGCUUGACAUAUAUUAUGAAGAACAUCAUGUUCUGGAUUUCGGAAGAUGGACCUGUAGAAAUGUUCACAAAGGAACAGUUUUUUGAGAGGCUCCUAGAAACACUCGUCAAGUUGAAGAAAUAUCUUGAAGAGGAGAAUCUUCCAAACUACAUGAUUCCGUCCAGAAACUUGUGCAUGGAAAAGCUGACACCUGAGCAAAGAGUAAUCUUACUAUCUGAAAUUGAAGACAUUUUGAAAGAAGGACUAGAAUUCUUAAAACGGAUCCCACAGUUAGCAGACGAAAUUAAUAAUUCAAACGAAGAAGAGUUGAAUAUGAAAGCCAUGAAGAGAUUUACGGAAGAACAGUUCCUGCUUUCAACGUUUACUCUCCCUCCAGAACAAUUGGCGGAGGUAAUUCUACAGUUUCACGAUGCACACACACGUGAAGAAAGUGGAUUGAUCUACGUAGAAAAGGUUUUGCCAUAUUUUCGACAGAAUAAUACAUCCGGUUUCUUUGAACAGUUCAGCCACAUGUCAGACGAAGAAAUUUUUAGGAAAAUACUCAUGCAGUUUUAUGGACAAUUAGGCCUUUGA